AUGAGUGGACCUCAUGCCAAGCUUGUUGUUGCAAAGGGCACCAUACUUGCGAGAAUGCGCGAGGAUCCACCACCUCCUCGUAAGAAGGCGAAGACUGUUCCUCUAGCCUGCCCAGACCGAAUGGACCCGAACUCUGAGAGCUCGCAGGAGGCAGCACAGAAGGCAGCACAUUCACUCAUCAAGAUGGAGCCGGAACCUUCUCUGAACAGUAUGGAUGAAGGCGAGGAACUGGCUGGCAUGAUGGACGGUAGCGAGGAUUUUCUUAAAUGUGUACCUGGGAUCUGA